ACCUCGGCUACUACCCCUCUUUUGUUCUCUUUUAUUCUCUGCUGCUGGAGCUGCAAGACAAACACUAACCGGGCAUAAUGAACCAGAAGGUGGUACUAAUCACAGGCUGCUCCUCUGGGAUUGGCCUCGCCUUGGCUGUCCACAUCGCAAAAGAUGAGAAGAAGAGGUUCAUGGUCUAUGCCACCAUGAGGAACCUAAGUAAGGGUGAAGCGCUGGUGGAGGCAGCGGGUCGGACUCUGGGCAGGACUUUGGAGAUCAAACAGUUGGACGUGUGUGACGAGGACUCUAUCAAAGCCUGUGUGGACAGCCUACCUGAGCGCAGGGUGGACAUUCUUAUAAGUAAUGCUGGGAUGGGUCUGAUUGGACCCAUUGAGUGUCAGUCCAUUGAUGAGAUGAGGGGUGUAAUGGACACCAACUUCUUUGGGCUUGUGCGGUUGCUGAAGGAAAUCCUACCUGACAUGAAGAAGAGGAAAAAAGGCCAUAUUGUGGUUAUGAGCAGCGUCAUGGGCAUUCAGGGAAUUUUAUUCAACGACAUCUAUGCAGCAUCCAAGUUUGCAGUGGAAGGCUUUUGUGAAAGCUUGGCGGUACAAGCCCUGAGGUUCAAUCUCAAUCUCAGCUUGAUAGAGCCCGGGCCAGUGAUAACAGAGUUUGAGCGUAAAGUCUAUGAUGAGGGUUUGAAGACUGAUCUCACCAAAGCUGACAAAGUGACUGCUGACAUGUUCAUAAACAUCUACUUGAAGAACUACAAACAAAUCUUUGAAAGCCUUGGGCAGACUGCUGAGGAUGUAGCAGAGCAUACACUCAAGAUCAUCACCAUGGAUAAUCCCCCUUUCCGUCAUCAGACAAACACACUUUACACACCUAUGACCACACUCAAGUAUGCUGACCCCAACGGUGACCUCCCGAUUGACACGUUUUACAAAAUGGUGUUUGAACACGACAAGGUCUUCAACGCCAGUCUGAACUUCCUCAAACUUCUGCGCUGGAGAAGUCGAAAGAGCUUUACUUUGGAAAAGGACAAGACCAACUAAUAGACUCCAUGUCAUCUUUUUCAUCUUUAUGGCUAGAUACAUUCAUGCAUGCAUAAUUUUCCUGUGAUUUUCCUUUAUUUUAGUUUUAGCAAGAUUUCCUUGUGAUGAAACGCUUUCACAAUGACUACUGUGAACAAAUAAAAAUAUGAAAGCUAUAAGUAAUUGCAACAAUGCUGUCCCCUUUUACAUGUGUCUGUGAGCUGCAGGUCUUAAACCACACCCUGGUAGGCUACAUUCUGCCGACUACCACAACUCUCUUAACUCGUUAAGCCUCCAAGCCCUACAUUACACAAUAUGCAAGUGCUGUAGUAGACAAAACUAUGCGGCAGCGACAAAUUCAAUGCAUCUCAUCGAGCAUUCAGAUCGUUACAUUGCCUUAUUGUGGAGUGAUGUGUAUUAAAGACAUUCUAAACAUUUAAAA